AUGGUUUUAUUUUACCAACGUAAAGAAAAGUUCAUUGAUGAAAGCUUUCCACCGGUUUCAAAAUCCUUGUAUUAUGAUCCGAAAAUUAAUAAAGAAGAAUGCCAAUGGCUUAGACCUUGUAAAAUAGAAUCUUGUUAUGAUGAAUCUGAAACAGAUUGGGUUAUGAUUCGAUAUCCGUUAGAAGCUUCAGAUAUAAUACAAGGUUCUCUUGGAAAUUGUUGGCUUGUGAGUGCUUUGACUGUAUUAGUUAAACAGCCACAGCUAUUAGAAAGAGUUAUUGUUACAAAAAAUAUAUGUCCAGAAGGAGCCUAUCACUUUCAGUUAUAUAAAAAUGGUUAUUGGAAAUCAGUUGUAGUUGAUGACUUGCUUCCAUGUGAUGCCGAUGGAUUUCUGCUAUAUUCAGAAGCAAAAAGAAAACAACUUUGGGUUUCAUUGAUUGAGAAAGCAGCUGCCAAAUUAUAUGGUUGUUAUGAAGCUUUAGAAUCUGGAAGGGUUAUUGAUGGACUACAAAUUCUAACAGGUGCUCCUUGUGAGAAUAUAAUUUUGAACCCAUCAACAACUGAAGAAGAAAUUGACAAAGAUUUUAUCUGGGCUCAACUUCUCAGCAUGUAUUCAGCAAAGUUUUUAUUUGGUGCAACUUCUGGAGGAGGAAGUAACUCACAAUUAAAUGAACAGUAUUAUAAAAUUGGAUUAAUUCCUCGCCAUGCCUAUUCUGUAUUACACAUAUUUCAUGACGAUAAUUUAAGAUUGUUAUGUUUAAGAAAUCCUUGGGCUAAUUAUGUUUGGAAAGGAAACUGGUCAACUCACUCAAGACUGUGGACUUCUAAGUUAAGGAAAAAAUUAAUGCCUUCGGAUAGUGAUGAAAGCAGUUUUUGGAUAUCAUUUGAAGAUGUAUUGAAGUAUUUUCAUUCUAUAAAUGUAUGCAAAAUAAGAUCAAAUUGGCAUGAAACUCAGUUUGAAGGCACUUAUCCAUGUUUUGCUGAUCACAGAAAUCUCACAGCAGUUAAAAUAUACAUCUCAGAAAUAACAGAAUUGGAAUUAAUGCUUUAUCAAAAUGAUCAAAGGAAUGUAGAAAAUUCAAAGAGAUCUUAUCUAGAUCUUUAUAUCACUGUGUUUCAUACAUCAUCAGGACAUAUUGGAUUAUUCAAGGAAUGCAGCAGCCAUCAAAUCAGAAGUUUUGUUGGUUGUAAUAUCAUGUUAGAAAUGGGAGAAUAUGUUGUCAUUUGCUUUGCUUUCAAUCAUUGGAAUACAAAUGUAAAAUCUGAAGACUAUCCUAAAAGUCAUCUAGUCAUACAAAGUUCAAAAUGUCUUCAAAUGAAAAAAGCAUUAUCACCUAAACAUGUAUUUGCUGAUUCCAUCAUUAAUUUAGCCAUAGCAAAAGGAGCAAGACAUGAGGGAAGAAAAGGAAUGACAGCAUAUUAUUUAACAAAAAACUGGGCAGGAUUAGUGGUUGUUAUAGAAAAUAGACUACCAAAUCUUGCAAUUCAAGUUUUCUGUGACUGCUCUAAAAGUACAAAUGUUGUUUCAACCAGGAAGACUUUGUUUACAGCUGAUAGGAUUCCACCUCUUCAUAGACAAGUUGUGAUGCUCUUAACACAAGUUCGAGCUGGAGAAAACUACACAAUAGUUCUCAGACUGACUCAUUAUUUAUUUGGUAACAAAGUUGUUCAGAAAAUUUUACCACCAAGAAUCAAGCACAGUCCAAAAAUUAAUUCAGAACUAGCUGGAUUACAUGAACCUAAACCAUUAUUUUGAUACUCAAAAAUUGUGUGACAUUACUGUAUAUAAAUUUUAAUUAAUUUGAAAAUAAAAUUAACUUCUUGUAUUCAUUUUGUAAUGUACUGCAUAAAAGAAACCAAAUACAGAUAUA